AAGGAAGGGAUGGAGGGGAUAAGGGAAGGCAGAGAGAUAAGGAGGAGGAGGAGGAAUGGUUAAUUCAUUGGUGAACCCAACGGCCGCCUACCGUAGGUAGCAGAACUGUUGGCAGGAAUACUCACUCCCGUCUCGCCAAUCCCUGAGGAAAUAAGACUGGACAAAGGGCCACUGGAUGGUUGUCGACGUCGACUACGGCAGGCUCUGGAUCACUAAACAGCGUUACUAUGGCUGCGGCGCCACUUGCCCAGGAGCCAAGUACUUGUCGCCUCAGGCUGGAAAUCGAGGACGUAGGUCUCGCGACGGUGGCGGUGAGGUGAGUAAGAGGGAGGAGUAUACAUACAAGGAACGGGGUUGGCGAGCUCCACUAUCCCGGAUCGUUGUUCUUGGUCUCUUUGAUCCCUUCGAUAAUAAAUCUCGUCAAGUAGGCGCUCCCGGCGCUUCUCUUAUGGCUUGACGCAGGGAAUUUGAUCGGAAGUCAAACCCCAGACAAUCCGCCUCCUGCUCUCGAUCGGGAUGUGUUGAUCAAUGGUCCGCGGCCAAGGAAAAGUCGCUUGAAAAAAGGGCUCGGAGGGCUUUCCCCAGAAUCUUCGCUCUCGUCUCGUCUUGUCUCGCCUCCGUACCUUUCGACCCAUGGGGCUCGACAGGAAUUAUAUGCAUGGGCUGGGUGGACCGGGAAGUGACGAGGUGCGGGAUGCCGAACUGGUCAGUCAAGCAUCC